AAACGUAACAUACUUGUACUCCAUUACGUUUCAUGCGGAAAUACUGCACGUUUCUUUCACUUUAAAUGUCGAUACGGGCAGAGGAGCGUAGCAGUACGUACGGAGCUUGCGCACAUUGUACGUACAGUGCGUAUUCUACGUAGAGGUGGAGCAGGGGGAGUAAGUAUACUGUCAAAGAAACUGUCAAGACAAUACGUUUUCCUUCUGUUAGCUAGCACUGAUCAAUAACCCAAGGUAGCUCCAGUCAGGGCGGACACGAACUGUCAGUGACUGUCUCCAGCAGCUUUUCUGUGACCAGCGUCAUUAACACAUACAGUAGCAGAUGAAAGAAGCAAUGCCUGAAAAGCAUGUCUCACAAAGGAGAUAAUGAAGGGAAAAAGAGCUCUCAUCGCACCGAAUUGUAUGCAUCCUGCAUUCCUGGAACAUGUUUGCCCAUUGUGUAUCACCCAGACUACAACAUCACCUUCAUGGGCCUUGAAAAGCUCCAUCCAUUUGAUGCAGGGAAGUGGGGGAAAGUCAUUCACUUUUUGAAAGAGGAGCAAUUCAUCACUGAUGGGAACAUAGUGGAAGCCUGUGAAGCUACCGAAGAGGAUCUGUUGGUGGUUCACUCCAAACGCUACCUCAACAGAUUAAAGUGGUCUCUGGUGGUGGCAACGAUCACAGAAAUCCCACCUCUCAUGUUCUUGCCUAAUUUCCUCGUGCAGCGGAAGGUGUUGAGGCCUUUGCGGACACAGACUGGAGGAACAAUAAUGGCAGGAAAACUGGCUGUUGACCGAGGAUGGGCUAUAAAUGUCGGAGGAGGCUUCCACCACUGUUCCAGCGACAGGGGCGGGGGCUUUUGUGCCUACGCCGACAUCACUCUGGCCAUCAAAUUUCUAUUUGAAAGAGUGGAAGGGAUUUCCAGGGCCACCAUCAUCGAUCUGGAUGCUCAUCAGGGAAAUGGACAUGAGCGUGACUUCUUGGAUGACAAGCGAGUGUUCAUCAUGGAUAUGUAUAAUCGCUACAUCUAUCCUGGUGACGGAUAUGCUAAAAGAGCCAUAAAGCGGAAGGUGGAACUGGACUGGGGCACUGAAGACUCAGAGUACCUUCAGAAGGUGGAGCUCCACUCUGAAGGAGCUCUGAAUGAGGUCCGACCUGACAUCAUCGUCUACAAUGCAGGGACAGACAUCUUGGACGGGGACCCACUGGGAGGACUCUCCAUAUCACCACAGGGAAUUGUGAAAAGAGAUGAGAUUGUGUUCAGGGCUGCCCGCCGACGGGGCAUCCCCAUACUCAUGGUGACAUCCGGGGGAUACCAGAAGAAAACGGCCCGCAUCAUUGCUGACUCCAUCCUCAAUUUGCACCAGCAGGGUCUGAUUGGAGCAGAGGUACUAGAAGGGGAGGGAUCAUCAUCACUGGUGACCAACAUGAUGUGCAGCCCUGGAUCUGUUGGAUCAAAGUUCACUGCUGUCUGAGACACAUUUAUCCUAACAGGUGUGUCUCAGACAGCUGUGAUAUUGAAAGGCACUCAAGUAACUUUAUAUUAUAUGACAGCAGUGAUGAUAUUGUUUCUGCUGUCAGAAGGAAAAUGUGUUCAUUGAAAUCUUAUGAAGGUUGCCCAAUGCUUAUUUGCACAUAUAUGACAACAAAAGGACCUUAGGAACAUGUUUACCUUUUGUAUGCUAAGGAUGGCAGUUACCCAAAGGGAAUAAUUACUCAGAGAGCAAAAUGGUACUCAAACAAUAGUGCUAUCUUAACUACAGCUGACUUCAUAAGCUUUCAUAUGCCACAAAAAGAGUUGUUUCAUUUUUCAUCAGUUGGAGAAUAAUGGGUUUUAGGUUUAAUGUAAUGUAUGCCCGGGCAGAAGAACAUAUUGUCCCAUCUCAGGAAAUGUAAUAAUGUCAUUUGUAAAAAGAUAUGAUAUAUUAAUAGUUAAUGAUGAAAAAUGAUGAAGAGGUGUGAUGUUCUUACAGAUACUUGGGAAGUGUUUUAAUUGUCCUCCAUGUGAGUUCAGGGUGACGGAGGUGAGACAUGACAAAUGUAAAUGUUGAGGGUUAACCUUAAGUGUCUUCUGUUUUUUUAUUAGAUAGUACUGCAAUAAUAAACAAGUUAAUUAUGUUUUUGUGUUAAUGCUUUUGACAACUCAACCUGUGUAGUUUAAGUUUACAGGGAGCCCAGUAUGUUUUUAUUUUGAAUACUAAAUUGUUUUGUCUCUAACAAAGUUGAAACACUAAAACAUGUGCCUGUGAGCCCUGUAACCAACAUAUGGUGAAAGACAGUUCAGAAACAUUACCAUAUUACUGAAAGUCGAUGUUCUAGUUGCAGUGUGUGUCUGUGGUCUGCAGAUCAAAGUCCUAAAACUGCAAAGUGUCAUUAGUGAGCAGGCCUGUACAGUGGAGCCUUUGGUUUUACUUCUGAUUGGUUUCCUGCAGACAGAUAAACUGCUCUAAUGAUGUUUACACAUGCAGUAUUUGUGUAAAAAGAGACAGAAUGAAUAUUUGAAUAAAUUGGAUCAGUAUGAAUAAUGCAGGAAUAUACAGACACUAAAAUAUACAGAUACACUAAAGACUCUCCAUCAAACACAGAAUACUGAGUGUGUGUUUGUGUAACGUUAACUAUGCGUUUUCAUUUCUGCUGCUGCUUUUCUAAAAGCAGUCUAAAACACAACUUACUUAAGAUUUCUUUCUUCACUCAUACAUGAAAUAAUCAUAGUGCUGCAUCAUGCUAAAAGGUCACAUUCCAUGUCGGUGGAUUUAAAUCAGAAUAAAAAUUUACUGUCUGAAAAUUUCCAUUAAAGAUUUUGUCUGGUUUCAUAAUGAUAGUAUACUUGUUGAGAUCGUGGAACAAGGUGACAUGACUAAAGAAGUCCAAAAGGAGAGAAACGACAAGUGGUCAGAUGAUCAGUCUUUUAAGUCUUUGUGUUUGAAGCCAGUUGUUAGUUACCGUUAGCAGAGUCCAUUUCUUAAAUAACAUGUCUCUAUUUGUUUGCAGAGCAGAGAGUGGCACUGAGGCGAGGCACUAGAGAGUGUGCAAAAAUCACAAUACAGUGAUCUGAAGAAUAUCAUGAACUGCAGUCAUUUUGGCCAGGGUGGUCAUGACAUUGUGACAUUUUUAUAUUAUUCAAUUCAGUAUCCACCAUUAACCAUCAUACUCAAGCUUAAGAGUCAGGACAAUGGCAACAAACAUAGCUGAGAUGGUACCGCUGUACUGAGUGAAGUCAACUCUAAGAAAUAACUGUUAAAUCUGUGGAACAUCACUCUUGGUUAGUGCAGAACAUCAUGUUUGGCUGAAUUAAAAAAGAGCAAAUUGAGACUGAUUAUCAUGUUAAAAAAAUAGGUCAACCAAACUUCCGGGUGAACAAGAACAAAUGGUUUCCCACUGUAUGCAUUGCAAGCAUCCAUCCAAGUGUGCAGUCCAACUGUGACUAAGGUUGUAUCACCAAAUACAUUGCAUUACUGUUUGUAUACUUAACUGUACACAUGUACAGUAAUCAUAGGGAAAAUAAACAAGACAAAGCUGCUGACCAAAAAAAAGAAAAGAUGUUGAUGUUACUCUAAAUGUGGACAAAGGGUAGUUUCUCUGCAUUAGAUGGGUUUUGCAGUUGAAUGGCCCUGAAGUAACGGCUCUCAGGUGCUGCUGUUAUGGUUUUCUAAUGUUUUGUUUUGUUUUGUUUUUUUCAUUCAUUAUCUUCCACUGCUCUGGACUUGCUAUCCUGUUUAAGAAAACUUGAUUGCAAAAGUAAGGACAGGAGUACAGACUAAUGAUAAUUUAAAAGAUUAAAAGGCCUUUGUUUGAACAGCAUGAAAAGCUGUGUUUGGGUGCUUUUCCAGGAAAGGCGCACUAUAUUAGUGGUGUUAGUGCUAAUUAGCUAAAGCCUCUGAUUUGGUGUGCUGCUUUUGGAUGUGGUGAAAGGCUAAUGCAGUCUAACUUUGAUUAGGACUCAGAAUACAACACUAACUGUUUACAGGCCUGUCCUUAAUACAAGAUGCAUUCACAGAUUCCAACUCAUCAGCUUCUUUCUGAAGUGUAUUUCUGUACGAAUUGACUGAAUGUUGUGUGCCAAAAAUAUUUCAAAGCUGUACUGUAUGGUUUUGGGUGUGUUUGUUGUUUGUGCUGACAUUGAAAACUAGUACUAUACAUUCAUUAUGAAUAAGUAGAUAACAAAAACAAAAGUUCUGUUUUGCAUUCCUUUUUUUGUUUCAGUUUCUUUUACUGCUAAUGAUAAAAGUAUAGUAAGCUUUGAAAACACAGAUUCUAAUGCUGUCACUUGUAGUUCAACAUUUCCCUGAGUUUCCCCAUUGAGUAUUGCUUGUCCCAUAUGGGCCCCACAUGAUAUAAUGAAUAUCCCACAGUUGUACGGUGGUGACUCAGUGAGAAAACAUCGAAAUAAAUCCCCUUAUGUCAUUCAGUUUUUCCUGAUGCCUGCUGUUGUUGAUUUCAGCUCAUUUUCUUUGUCUGUCAGUAGCACAUUGGAUCGGUCCAAAUAUUAAAAAUGUGAUAUGUAAGAAUUCUGCAUUAAAAUUUCUAACAAUUA